AUGCGUCCCACCGCAGCCGCUUUCCGUCCUCUUACUCACCGCAUCACGACCGGCGCCGCUAUCACUCAUGUGCACAACUCGAGCGUGCCACAAGCUCGCGGCAUCCUCACUCUGAAGGACCAUGUUUAUUUCGCGAAGGCGACAGCACGAGGCCGUGGUCGUAGCGGUGCUGUCAAGUCGAACGGGGACUGUCCUCUUGAGUUGAAGAUGGCUACCCCGAAGAUUAUCGGUGGUACAGGAGAUGGACACAAUCCAGAGCAACUGUUCGGCAUGGGUUACGCAUCCUGCUUCCUUGGUUCUCUUCAGUUGAUGGCCUCGCGCAUGGACAAGAAGCACGUCGCAGAGGACGCCAAGGUACACCCGAACGUCUUUUUGGGCCACCCCGAUGACCCCACUCUCGAGGGCUUCGGCCUGAGAGUCGAGAUCACUGUGGAGGGGUGUGAGGAUGAUGAUGUCAUCACCGCAGCGCACGAGUAUUGUGCGUACAGUCGCAUGCUGAAGCAUGGUGCCAAUGUACGGGUCACCAAGGCUUAG